AUUUUAGAGAAGACUCGAACCAAAUUCAAAAAACUGGAUCGACACAUGGAUCAUAUCUUGUUAAAUUUGCUGCAUCAUUAAUUCAAGAUAUAGCUGUGCUUAAGCCUCGUAAUAUUGUAAAUCGAGUUUGCUUAGAAGUAGGGGCUAAAGUAUCAUAUAUAGCAGCUUGGAGAAGUAAAGCUGCUAAUAAAAAGCAUAAAUCAGAGGAAAUAGAUAGAAGUUAUCAAUGUAUUAAACCACUGCUUGACUAUUUACUUAUAGCAAAUCCUAAAAGCAUUACUUCAUUUGAGGUUAACAAUGAAAAUCAAUUUGUUUGUAUAUUUAUUUGCUUUUUACCAUGGAUUAAGGCUACUGAAUACUGUAAACCUGUUUUUACUAUCGAUGCAUAUCAUUUAAAAUCAAGCUAUAAUGGAGUAUAUUUUUGUACAAAUAUAAUUGAAGGUGAUGGUAAACUUGUCUCUGUGGCAUUUGCUAUUGGCUCUGUUGAAAAUUCAACAUUGCAUAUAGAAAAGUUUGAUGAAAUUAUGGAAGAAAUCUCUGAUAUACAUGCAGAAGCUGCCAUAUAUCUUAAAGAAAUACCUUCUACAACAUAG